UGUGAAUUUUUUUCCGUCAUUUUAUAAUCUUUCGUCGAUUAACAUAAUAAUUAGCACUUUGGCGUUCGGCACUUCGGCAGUCGUCAUUCGUAUACUCACAUAGAAAUAUUAUAUGAUAAUUAGACUGCCGUUAACUAAUCAUUUGUUUUAGUGUUUGGGUUUGUCAUUUUGGUAAACGUUUGACCAUGUUAUUCUUGAAGUGAAGUCAAGUUGUAGUCACAGUCACUGUUUUGUAUAAUACUUAACAGUAACGAAAAUAUAACAAGCUCGUGUCGCCCCGCUCAUAGCAUUUUACAUAUUACAUAACUAUUAACUAUGGCUGAACCAGACGAAAAUCCUUUUGGUGAUCCCACCCCUUCUGUGGGUCAUCCUUUUCAGGACCCUUCAGUCAAAGAACUAACAAAUAAUAAAGUACAGUCUUUAAUUGAAGACUUCAAUCCAUUUGGAAAGGAUCAAAAUGUUGUUAACAAUGCGAAACCUCCUGUAAGAGGUGCAGCCAAUCCACCACUGAAUUCUAUGCCAGCUGUAAUGUCACCAACACAAGAGUAUCCAGUUACUCCACAAGUUGCUCCUGCUUAUGGAAGAAAUCCCGGUGAUGUAUCAGCUGAUUUAUUGGCUAGAAAAGCUGAACUUGAUCGAAGACAAGCUGAAUUAGAUAAAAGAGAAGAGGAAUUGCGUACCGCUUCAAUAAAUGUCCGUCAAAACAAUUGGCCACCAUUACCUAAAGGGUUUUGCUAUCAACCAUGUUUUUAUUUGGACAUAAGUGUAGAAAUUCCACCAGAUUUUCAACAUGUCGUCAGACAACUAUACUAUUUAUGGUUAUACCAUACUGGUUUGCUAGCAUGCAAUAUAUUGAUUGGUACCUUGUUACUUUUCUUAACUGGAGCGAUAGCUACUUUUAUUUUUUCAAUUGUUUAUGCUGGAAUAUUAGUACCACUUUCAUUUUUAUUUUGGUUCCGCCCAGGAUAUAAAGCUUUUCGUGAUGACAGUUCUUUCAACUUCAUGCUUUACUUCUUUGUGUUUUGUAUCCAGUUUGUUAUAGCAGUUGUUCAAGCAUUGGGCACGUAUGAAUCGGGUUAUUGUGGAUUGUUUAUGGCUGUCAGACUUUACGAGAACUCUCAUCCAUUUUUAGGCACUCUGGUGACAUUAAUGGGAAUUGCUUUUUCUCUUGGUGCAACUAUGGACUUCCUAUUGUUGACCAAAAUUCAUAGAAUUUAUCGUAGCUCGGGCGCCAGUUUUGCUAAAGCACAAGAAGAAUUCCGUUCUGGUGUUAUUUCUAGUGGUGCAGUCUCCAAUGUCAUAGCAUCCAACAUCAGAUUUUAAAAUAACAAAUCAUGCAUUCUCAAUAUAUAUUCUAUUUAACACUUAAUAUUACUUCAGAAUAUACAUUGUUAUAUUGUGAUCGAUAUUGUACAUAAUGCAACUGAAAACAACAUUUAAUCUUUCGCAUA